GCAUCUGCAUGCGGGCCCUCAUUGAUCCAUCGCCAGUCAAACCUCAACACCAAUAGUUCUAUUCAUUUCCUUGCCCGGUUGUUUGUUGCUCCUCUACAAGUUGCGCACCGAACACUCCCACGCCUUCUGGAAGACGCAAGGUGGCUGCUCGUCCACAAGGCUGAGGCGUGACCACCGGCGCCAGUCCGCCCACCUCCCAGAUAUAUCUCGGUCGCGCCUGGCGAGUCUUUUGGUGAAUCUUCUGGCGCCCUUUCCCUCAAUCUACUCACCCCAGCCUCGCCUGUACCCCGUGAUGCUGCAAGAGUAGCGCUCUGUCACUCUGCACGGGACGCGCCGUCAUCCCAUCAGACUUCAACCCCCACCAUCCGACUAGUCGGCGUCAUCGCAAGUCGACCCAGUAGUCCCGGCACAAGACAUCGUCAUGGCUGCAUAUGACGGCUAUCGCAGCCAGCCCGACCAUCACCAAGCACCGUACUCGUCUUCAUACGACCCAAGCUACGACUCGCGGUCGUUUUCGUCCUCAUACCACCAAAAUGCGCACUAUCACGAACCGCCCAGCCCGCGAUCGCGUGCCUCCUCCAACGCUCCAUCCGACGGCCUGCCCCAGCCUGGCCACCAGCCGCUCAAUAAUGCGCUCAGCAAUGCCUUCGACCGGUCGGACACGGCGAGGACUGUCGACCCAGAUCUUAUUGCCCAGAUCACGGCCGAGGUGAAGAGGUCCGUUUUGGACGAGAUCAAACUGAACGGCGUGGAUGGUGUCACAGGUCAGGCCCAGCCUACACCGCCGCAACACAUCCCACAGUCGCCCACCUCCACGUCUGCAUCUUUCCACUCCCGAAACGUGUACACUCCACCGUCCCCGAAACACCACGACUACUCCUCCCACGGCUCUGACUCUCCUGAUCCCCUAGCUCGAGAUUCCAUGUUUGAUGGGUCUGGCGAUACCCCAACCCCCCGCCACGAACGGAGCGCCCCCGUAGACAUUCCCACGGAUAGGGCUCCCAGGUCUAGACCUCCACCUGCCCAAAGGAUGUCCCAAGAAGGCGAUUUCACUCCAAUCGAGAAGAUGUGGCAACGUUUAUUUGACCCUCAAGGGCAGCCUGUGCCACGACUUGGACAGUUCCUCCGGGGAUUGGCAGUCUACUUGAUUGAUGACUACGAACCAAAGAAGAGUCUGGUCAUCUCGCCCUCAAAAAUGCUCAAAUUCUAUAAUGACGUCAAGCUCCCUGAGGAAAUCUACCCAUGGCACUCUAUCUUUGGUAGGCUGUCGUAUCCGAAGCUUUGCAAAAUCUACCGCGAGAUGCGAUGUCAGCACCACCUCAUCCAGGAACAUAGUGCGGGCGAGCCUCGUGUCCCUGCCCUGACCCCGGAAGGCUUUCAAGAAUGGAUGACUACCAUGAUCCAAGCUUACCCAGAUAACGAGUAUAAGCGACUGUCAAAGGCUGUUCUAGACCUUCCCAUUAGUAACGCGGACGACGCUAAAGAACGUUUCCCAAAGGAACUCCCCCGGCGGCUGUUCCCGUACCAAGAAAAUCUCCAUGCACAGCAGCGUUGCGCAGCAGCUCUCUCCGCUGAGGGUGUCGGUCCGCUCCGCAAAGCGCCGACAUUCCCCCCACCCCCGCCCAUGGGUCCGAGCAGUGGGCCAACGCCAGGUCUGGAUCGUGAACGCAGUCCCUAUGCUACCCAGCCAGACUCGAGAGCGAUAGAGUCGGAUGACGAUGAGACGCCACUCUCCAUGCCGCUCGAGCGUGAGCGGAAGCCAUACUCUUCUGUGCCUGGGGGUGGAAAGAUCUACGAAGAUGGUCUUAGUCGGAGCAUGCAGUCAGAUACUGUCUUGCACAGCCCUCGCCAUCGCACUCAAUCCACAGCCAGCCAGAGCCAGUGGGUUCCACCCACAAUUGGUUCUCACCAUCAGAAUCACCCUCGUACUGGCUCGCAUGUUAAUAGUCGUCGACCCAGAAGCCCAAGCUUCUCAAACUAUGGCACAAGGUCAGAUCCAAGCGUACGGGACAUCCCUGGCAGCUACUUCUCCUCCAACAUGUACGAUUCUGAGGAAGAAAAUCGCAGAUUCGCCAAAGACGCCGAGAUGAAGCGCAAUGAUUGGGCUCGACGUCAAGCUGAGGAAGAUUCAUCCGGAGUACCACGAAGAAGCACCAUGAAUUCGACUGACAACUCUUACUCUUCACAAGCUCGGCCUAUGUACGAUACUGACUACUACCGCGACAGAGGUGGAAGCAAUGGAUACGAUGAUAGAGGCUAUGAGCCUCGAAGGUAUUAAUCCAGAUUGUCAAAAAAAGACAGCCCUGGUGGACGAAACCUUAAUGACGUUACGACCAAAUACCCUCAAGUUUCUUCGACUGGUUUUCAGUUUCACUACCGUCACUCGUUCUAUCAGGUCCAUUUUGUAUUUCAGAAUAGUUCGGAAUAGUGGGGUUUGAUGCAUUGGGCACCUCAUGUAGAAAGAUUGGAUUAUUAUAUACCAGGUUCUUUAGGUUUUGCGGAGGAUCUAGCUCUUAACAUACCCCUUUUGCAUAUUUGUAUAACUGGAGGGGACUCUUUGCUAGUCUUUGUCUUCUCGCCAUUGUAUUUUGAUGUGUAUUAUUCAAAUCUGUUGUUCCUGCGUAGAGCGUGCUAUUAAGCCGAGGGAAAGGGGCAAUAAGGUAGUUAAAACAUAAAUAAUAAUC